AUGGCAGACGAGCUUUUUAAUAUUGUCGCUUCGUUCCAAGAAACCAGUUGUCAUGUUGAUAUAGAUACGUUAUGGGAUGUGUUUAAAACAAAGUUAGAAGCCCUCGUUGACACUUACAUUUCCUCAAAAGUUAUCACGCCCAGAAAAUGGAAAGGCCGCACUAGUCUGAAUUUUAAAGAACUGAUAACUGGCCUCACAGAGGUAGAAACAGUAGUCGACCCCCGUCCGGUGACGUUUAUUUCCACCGAUGCAAAGGAACUAGAGGCUCUCACUCCAGCACACUUUCUGGUGGGACACAAAUUGAUUAACCUCUCCUCCCAUCAAAUUCCAGAAGAUCAAGCAAGCCCUGAAAACUUGGCGCGAGGUUGGAAAUAUCAAAACACCAUUAUAAAUCAAUUUUGGAGAAGAUGGGUAUCAGAAUAUUUGCUAGAACUGAGAUCAGCCCACAUCGCUAAACAAAACAAUUCAAGUUAUAUACAAACCGGUGACCUGGUCCUUCUCAAGGACAACAGACUACCGCGACAUGUGUGGAAAAUCUGCAGGGUCAACGAGACAUUCCCAGGAAGGGACGGCAAGGUACGGUCUUACAGUAUAAUUAGACCCAAUGAUCGUGAACUUUGCCAGCCGAUACAGUUAUUAUAUUCCCUGGAAUUGUAA